AGGAGAACCGAUUGGUGUUAGUUGAUGGUUGAAAUCGAUCGUUUUUCUAGUGUUAAUUGGAUGUGAUCGUGAAGUGAUCUUGUGUUACUACUUGUGGUGAAAGAUAAAGCGAGUUCUGGCCAAGCUGCUGGUUGGAAGUUUGAAGAAAGUGGAACUUCUUUCGUGUAAAGAAUUGACCGUCGCAACUGAAAGUAUGCGUAAAGGAGUGAGCGUGAUAUCGGCACCAGUCGUUAAUACGGUUUGAAAGUUACCUUGCGAAAUACCUGUUUGGUCGGAAAGCUGGAAGGAUUCGAAUGUGAAAGAAAAGGCACCACAAAACCUCCGGAGGCGUAUUACACUCACACACAUUUCGGAGUUUUAUUGCGUUCGGUAAAAAUAAACAACCUUCAAGAGGACGUUGGGUAAAGGAUCUUGUAAACGGUGUUUGUGUCUUUUCGCGAUGCCAGUCACUGAGGGAAAUUGUUGUUCAAGCAUAACAGGAAACCCAAGUGAGGUGGACAAGAGUGACGAUCGCUAGGAUUCCGUGUCUGUGUCUCUGUGUGUGCACGUUUGUCCGGCUGGGAAAGUGAGUGAGCGAUGGACCCACUAUCAAACCGUAACCGAAAGAACAUACUAUCCCUGAGCGCACAACGAAUAACGACAACGGCGACAGCAACGUCAGCAACCGGUAUGGCAACGCAUCUGCACAGUCACCGGCAGCACCAGCAGCAACCGUAUCAUCGUCACUCUACACUCCCUGGACAACAGGCCCCCGGACAGCCACUUGCGCCUGUCCUACCAACAGCGAGUUCCAGUCCGCUGGUGCACUCUACAUCAGCUCCAGGUGCGCAAGAUAAUCGUCCGUACCUCCAGCAACAGCAGCAGCAUCAUCAUCACAACCAUCACCACCAACAUCAGCAACAGCAGAAUGGCGACGGAUUGCCGAAAGCGUUCGUUGCCGCCAUGCGCACACUGUUCGACAUCAUGGACGAUCGGAAAACAGGUUUCGUGCGCUUGGCAGACAUCGAGGAGCGCUGGCAGGACGACGGUUCCAAAGGUCUACCGCGCGGAGUCAUCGACAGUCUGCGCAAGGUAACACCCCCGAAUGGGCAUCUCUCGUUCGAGCGCUUCUGCGGUGGUUUGAAAAUUUGCCUCUUGCGCAACCAAACACCAGGACUGCUCGGUGCGUCAUCGAUCGCGCAUGGCGUUACGUCUCAUUCGACAUCUUCCUCCCCGCUGGCUCGGGAUGAUUCCGGUCUGAAAACAUCGAUGGCUAAACUCUCCCUCUCCAGACCUCCGUCAGCGCCACUGCUCGAUCUCGACACGGGUGUCGGGGGGAACGGUAUGCUACCUUCGAUGGCACCUGCCUCGACGUGGAGUACUACUACCGCUGGUCCAACGAAUACGGCCACCGUGCGACCAAACAAUGCAAUGCCAGCGCAGAAAACGCUCAGCAUGCCACAGCUACUGAACCCCGACGGUGAUCUCGAUCUGGAGCCACCUCCAAUAAUACUGCCCGGCGCGUUUGGUCCUCCGAAGCCGCCCCGCGUAUCUUUAAACCUAGACCGAAAUGCGCAACAUCAUCAGCAUCAUCUUUCGCAGCAGCAUCAUCAUCACCCGGUUGGGGCAAGUUCCAGUAUUGAUAAGGCCGAAAUACGGAACGCUCUCCAGAACUGGCAGAUGUCACUGCUGAUGGGUGAAGCCGCUGGAGAUAAGGGUGACGCAGGCAAAGGCACUCUAAGACCGCUAGCCCGUGGAUCUGCCGAUGGACAGACGGAUCUCUCCACAUCGUCCCCUUCGCUGCAAUCCAUCAACCAGCUGGACGGUGCACGGCUUAGCUCCGGUGGUCUGUACCAGAAAAAAUCCCCUGGCGCAGCUGGACGACGCCGCGAGCCCAGACGGCACACACUCCAAAAUGGUGUCGACUAUAACAUGCUGAAGCGGCUGAAACAGAUCGAACAGGAAAAGGACAUCCUGCUGCAGGGAUUGACGGCGGUCGAGAAGGCACGCGAAUGGUACCACAAACAGCUGGCCACGGUGCAGGAAAAGAUGCGAUACCUUGGCCGUCCCGGAUCACACAUGGAAACGUGGACCGAAACGCAGCAGGAACGGUUAGAUCUGCAGCGGGCUCGUGUCCUCGAGGUGAAUCGCCAUCUUAUGAUGCUGGCCGAAAGCUGGGAACGAGGUGGUUUCCCCAUGCACAUGAACCUCGCCUUACGUCCCCUUCCCGGUACCAUGCUAGGAGUGGGACCGUCCCACUAUCAGCAGCGUGCCCUUCACCAACAACGUCCAUCUCAGUCACAACCGCCUACCGCAGCUAUUCCACCAGCUGUUCCUCCGCCACCGACAGCUUCUUCAGCUGGCAGUUACCCGUCAGUACCUUCGCAACCACAUCAUCUACAGCAGCAGCAACAGUCGCCGGAAAUGGUUAACCAUCUGAAGCAACAGAACCAUCAGCUUUGCGAGGAGAUAACUCAAAAGAACGAGAAGCUGUCACUGCUCGAGCGGGAGAAGGCGGCACUGAUACGGGAACUGUUGCAGCUCCAGCGAACGAACCGUGCCAGCAGUAUGAUAUCGAACACGGAAGAGUUGGUGUUCUGAUGAACGGAUGCUCCCCGUUGGUGCCAUUUCGAGUGGAACGAAACAUUUUGCAAGAUUUCCUUUUACCAAACGCUAGUCAGACGAAGCUGUAGUAGAGACAUAGUGGCCCUCUAGCGGAUUCGCAGAACCCGUGAAGGUUGUUGGGGAAGAUAUUAGGCAAAAGUUGCAGGACGCUUCUUUCAUUAGCACUUCACAAAAAAAACCACCUCUCGUGUGGAGUUGUUUUUAUAUAAAAUAAAGAAACUAUUAUUUUAGUGAAACAGUUCACUUAAGUUCUAC